AUGGUGCUCGCACUAGCAUUGAAAGCAGAACUCAAUGGGGUAACAGACCUCCGCCCCAACGACACCGAAGAAGCACCUUUUUUCUAUACCUUCAAAGUUCAAUGCACGUCAUGUCGCGAGAUCCACCCCAAUUUUGUAACAGUCAACCGCUUUGAGAUGAACGAGCAAAGCGGCAGUAAAGGCGAGGCAAACUUCGUAUGGAAAUGCAAGAACUGCAAGAGGGAGCAUUCGGCAAACGUCAAAGCUGCACCCGCAUCGUACCCGCAGAGUGAUCCACCCAAGAUGAUUAACAUACUCGAGUUCGACUGCAGAGGGUUGGAGUUCACUGAAUUCAAAGCUGAAGGCGAAUUCCUUGCCACGGGUAUUGAAUCCGGCACCAAGUUUUCUGGCAUAGAGCUACCUGAUGGGGAAUGGUACGAUUAUGAUGAGAAAGCCGGCGAAGAGGUCAGCAUCACAAAUGUGCAGUGGGAGAUUCGUCGUGCAUGA